CCUCAUCCUCCCUCCCCUCUCUCUUAUUCGGCCGCCUCACACACGCUGCACGUCACGUCCGUGCAGCAGAGGCAUGCAAAGCCUGCUCCGCGCCUCUCCUCGUCUGGCGCUGCGUUCCCGCCUCGUCCUGCGCACUUCGCCGCGCUGCUACUCCGCCAUCGCUCCUGCUCCCUCAGCUGCUCCCUCCACUGCCCCUCCGCCCACCUCUCGCGCCGCUGCCAUGCCGCACCACGCCGGCCCCCACAUCUCGCCGUUCCCGACCGACGGUCUGCUGCCGAAGCAGACGUCGCAGGCGUCGGCCUUUCUGGAGAAAUACCCAGAGUACGAUGGACGCAACGUGCGCGUUGCGAUUCUGGACACGGGCGUAGACCCGGCUGCAAAGGGCCUGGACGGGAAGGGCAAGGUGGUCGAGGUCAUUGACUGCACGGGGAGCGGUGACGUGUAUCUCACCAACGUGGAGCCGCUCAAGGAAGCGCCGAGCGGGACUGUGGCGCUCAAGUCUCCUCGUACCGGGCGUACUCUGCUGCUCGCUUCCUCGCUCAAGAACCCGUCGGGCAAGUGGAAGAUGGGCACGCAGGCCGCGUACGCGCUCUGGCCGCGCGAUCUCGUAGCGCGCCGCAAGGCAGAGCGGAAGAAGGAGAGCGAUGUGGAAGCUGCGAGACUCGGGGCGCUGGUGCAGCAGGCCGUCUUUGAGGCGGAGCAUGGCAAGAAGCCUGUGCCGGAGAAGGCAGAGGCGAAGGAGGGAGACGCGAAGAAGAAGGGCGCGGACGAUGUGGACGCUGCAAAGAAGCAGAAGGAUGAAGAGGCGCAGAAGCGGGCUCAGCGCACGGAGGAGCUCAAGGCACAGCUCAGCGCGUUCAAGGAGAUGGCUGGCUCGUUUGAGGAUGCCGGGCCGAUCGUCGAGGUCGUCGCAUGGUUCGACGGCUCUCACUGGCGUGCCAUCGUCUUCGGCGGCGAAGGCGAGCUGCACGACCCUACGCUCGGCAUGCCCAAGGAGCGCCUGGAGCCGCUGGGCGAGCAGACCAUCGACCUGACGCAUCGCCGUCCCAUGGCCGACUACAACCUGGAGCACCACUGGGAGGCGUUCGGAGAGAAGGACUUGAUGACGUUCAACGUCAACUUCCUGCAUGCCACAAGCGACAAGACGGCGGAGGUGGAGGCGGUCAGCAUCGUCUGCAACUCGGGCUCGCACGCGACGCACGUGGCGGGCAUCGUCUCUGCAGACCGCAAGGAUGACCCUUCGCAGAACGGCGUCGCGCCGGGCUGCCAGAUCGUCUCCCUCUGCAUCGGCGAUGGUCGGCUCGGCUCCAUGGAGACGCAGCAGGCGCUGCUUCGUGCUGCACGUGCCAUCAUCGACACGGGCUGCGACGUCGCCAACAUGAGCUUUGGCGAGUCGGGCGCCUGGGGAGCAGACAACAAGGGCGCGUUCGCCGAGCAGCUGCGUGACAUUGUCAUUCGCGAGCGCGACGUCCUCUUCGUCUCCUCCGCCGGUAACUCCGGCCCCGCGCUCUCGACGCUUGGUCAGCCUGCGGGCACGACGACGGGCGUCCUCACCGUCGGCGCGUACGUCGACGCGGGACACAUGCAGCAGGCACAGUAUGCACUCGUGGAGGAGGGCAUCAAGAGCAGCACGACGACGUGGUGCUCUCGCGGCCCCACAUUUGACGGCGCAAAGGGCGUCGACAUCUACUCGCCCGGCGCGGCAGUGACGUCGAUUCCGAGGUAUUGCCUGCAGACGACGAUGCUCGCGAACGGCACGAGCAUGUCGUCGCCGCACGCCGCAGGCUGCGUGGCGCUGCUUGUCAGCGGCAUGAAGGCCAAGGGCAUUCCCGUGACGCCUGCGCGUGUGUUCAAGGCGAUUCGCGCAACUGCCAAGGACGUCAAGGACCCGCAGGGCGUGGGCUUCUUCCGCGUGGCAGACGCCUUUGACUACAUCGUCAAGCACGCCGACCGCGCCGACGCCGACGCCGAGUGGCGCAUCUCCGUCACGCCAGCUGGCAAGCCUCCGGGUCGUGCCGGCACGGACCAGCGCGGCAUCUACCUGCGAAAGAACGGCACGCAUGCGCUCAACCAAUUCACCGUCACGGCGCAGCCGACGUUCAAGCAAAACGAGACGGAGCGUGCGCAGACGCUGCAGAUCGGCUGCUCGCUGUCUACCACGGCGUCGUGGGUCAGCGCGCCGGAGUUUGUGUGGCUCGGAUCCAAGGGCAGAGGCUUUGAGGUGCGCGUGGACACCACAGGCCUGGCGCCCGGUCUGCACGUCGCUGCCGUCGAGGGCUACGACUCGGAGAGCGGCCUCAAGCUCUUCGAAUGCCCCGUGACGAUCGCCAAGCCGACGCCUCCCGCGCCCACGGUCCACUUCGAGCGCGUGCGGCUGGACCACGGCAAGGUCGAGCGGCGCUUCGUCAGCGUGCCCAUCGGCGCGACCUGGGCCGAGAUGCGCUUCCGCUCCAGCAACCACGAAAAGGCCGGCACGUCUGUGCGCUUCUGGAACCACUCGGUGCAGAUGCUGCCGCAUGCGCGCCUCAACGAGGUCGAGAAGGCCUUCGUCAUGGCGCUCAACGAGAACGAGCCGGUCACCAAGAAGGUCAGCGUUACCGGCGGCGUGCCGAUGGAGCUGUGCCUCGCGCAGUUCUGGGCCAGCGCGGCUGGCUUUGACCUCGAGGUCACGAUCGAUUGGCAUGGCAUCUCGUUCGCUACCCCGGUGCGCGGACGCGACGAGACGACGCUGAUUGGCGGCGAAGGUAUCGCUCGUAUCGAGUGCACCUCGCAUGUCCGCAUCGAGGCAUUCUCGCCUGCCAUCUCUCUCGAGCAGCGCCGCUCUUUCGCACGGCCCACGACUUCCGAGCUGCGUCCUCUCACCUCGCCGCGCGACGCUCUGCCCGACGGCAGUACGCUCUGCGAGCUCGUCCUGACCUACCCUCUCGAGAUCAAGGAGGACUCUGCGAGCAUUAAGUAUGGCCUGCCGCUGUCCAACCAUCUCUACGACAGCGCGGUGCCUCAGCUCUCGGCCAUCUUUGACGCGCACAAGCGGCGCGUGCACUUCAGCGACGUGUACAGCGACGCCAAGGCGAUUGACCUCAGCAAGGGCUCGUACACCGUGCGCGUCGAGCUGCUGGCUGCCAUGCCGGUGCUGGAGAAGCUGCGCCACAUGUCGCUCCGUGUCGAUACGAAGCUGGCGAAGCCGGUCUCGCUUGACGUCUACGAGGACCAUGUGGACCAGUACGGCGCGGCCAAGCCGGCCAAGUUCGCCGGCGUCAAGCUGCUGCAGGGCGAGACGAAGGUGUUGUGCCUCGACACGAACAUCGAGGGCGAUGCGCUGCCCAAGGGUGUCGAGGCAGGCGACGUCCUUGUCGGCACGAUGACGGCGUCGGGCAACGAGGCAAAGGGACAGCUCAGACUCGUGGUGCCGCCGGCCAUCAUCAAGCCAAAGCCGGACGAGGGCGCGUCGGGAGAGACACCGCCGACGGUGGCGGAGCUCAUGACCGGCCUCGUGCAGAAGGUGCCCGAGAAGGAGCGCGACGCGUACAUUGACCGACUGCUCAAGGAGUACCCGGAUGACCUCGGCGUGUUGGUUGCUCGCCUCAACGCAACGAAGCCGGACGACGCCGCCGACGCCUCCAAGGUCCUCUCGGCGGCGCAAGCGAUCCUCGACAUCGUCGAUGAGCAGUCUGUUCUGCUCUUCGCCGGCGCCAAGAAGCUCCCCUCCACCGAGCAGUCUGCCGCAGAAAAGCAGCACGACGCGCAGCAGAAGAAGCGUCGCGAUGCCUACGUCCUGGCGCUCAACCGACGUGCGCGUGCACUGCUAGCGCGCGACGAGGGCAAGGCGUCGCCCGACUUCGAGAGCACCUUUGAGCGCUACAGACGCGUGGCGGACGCCAGCGACAAGGAGUUUGCGACGGUGUACGUGCGCUGGGCCAUUCAGCACGAGCGCUACGGCACGGCUCUCGUGCAGGUGCGCAAGGCGCUCAAAGAGCUGGGCAACGGCGCGGCCAGUGCGGCGGACGAGGUGCGCAAGCUGAGAGCGCUGGAGCGCGAGCUGGCAGGCGAGAAGCUCGGCUGGCACUGCCUGGCCGCUAACGCGGACCGCGCGAGGGUGUUCGAGUCGGCGGCGGGAUACAUGCCCUUCUAGGCCCUGCCCUUUACAUCACCUCGAGCGCCUCGGCAAGGCAGGGCUCGAGCGAGACAGCGUAAUCACAAUCCCAUUAUCCGUCUCCCUUGCCCUCUGCCCGCAACAUCUUCGCUCCCUCAUCCAAUGCAGCACUUGCGUCGAUCCUCACUUCUCCUCCUCCUCGCGAAUCGUGCGGCGCUCGUAGAGCCACUCGUAGUCCUCCUUGCUGCGCUCGAUGGUCUCGAGCACGUCUUGUGGCAGGUCGGCCUUCUUGGCCUUCGAGCCGGUCUCGUCGUCCUUCUUGAAGCCCGUUGAUUGC